AGCAAUCGUUUCCUCGUUUUAAUCCUCACAUCAAUUAACACAACAAUUAUCUGAUAAACGACUCAAUCGUUUGCAAUGAAUGAGUGAAUGAAUGACACAUUGAGUGACACAUCCAUGGAUUUCAUCAUUUCUGUGGUGUUUAUGUGAAUCUGUUGUCUAAUAUUGUGGCCAAUAUUGAGUGAAUCAAUCGAUUGGCUCAAGAAUACAAUGGCAGAAGUGGUUCGUUACCAACAACCAGAUCCUGAGAUGAAGGGGUGGCUCCAGAAGUGGACUAAUUAUCUGAAGGGCUAUCAGAAGAGAUGGUUUGUGCUGUCAAAUGGUCUGCUGUCGUACUACAGGAAUCCCAUGGAAAUGAGUCAGUCCUGUAGGGGAACCAUAAGUCUGGUCUCAGCGGUGAUCCAUACGGAAGACUCGUGUAAUUUCGUGAUCGCAAACGGAGGCACGACUCAGACCUUCCACUUGAGGGCCACCAACGAGAUUGAGCGCCAGAAGUGGGUGACGGCCCUCGAGUUGGCCAAAGUGCGGGCCAUUCGUCAGUUGGACUCCGAGGAAGACGACGACUACGACAUGAAUAGCGAUAAAAACGAAUUGCAGACAGUCUUGAAGUGUUUGUCCACCAAAUUGGAGACAUUGCACACGUGUCACGACGUGAUCAUUAAGCACGGAUCAGCUCUGCAGCGGUCGCUCAUAGAAUUGGAACAAUUGGAUAAUCCUAACGAUGCCAUCAAUAAGUCGAAGACAGUGAACGAAAGGGCCACUCUUUUCCGCAUCACGUCUUCGGCGAUGAUCAACGCGAGCGCCGAAUACCUGACAUUAGCUCAAACACACGCCAAGAAGUGGCAGAAACUGCUUCAACACGAACACGAGUCGCGGUUACGGCUCGAAGAACUCGUCGAACAGUUGGCUAAACAGCACUCACACCUCGAACAGAAGGCCAUCAAACAACAGGUCCAACAGAACUCCAACUCAACGAACGCCAACUCAACCAUCAAUUCAGACGACGACGAGUUCUACGACGCGGAGGAGACAAACGCCGACUUCAUUGUGACGUUUCCGGGAAAAGCCCAUCGAAUCAGUUCCGUAUCGAUGGCUCAGUCGUCGGCCAAACAUACGAAGCAAAGCUCGUCCUCCGCCUCAGUCGGAGGGCCCCCUUUAGGUCGCAAUUCGGACGAGUCGUCCGGCAGUGAAGGCAGUGAGGGCUACGAAGAGUCGGCCGCCGGAGUCAUAACACGGAAGAAGACGCGCCAGAAGUCACUUAAUCUCAAAGACCUGAACGCAUCCAAUAUUAUCACAAAAGUAGUCAACGAGUCGACGGACGCCGACUCCACAAAGUCGUCCAGUACUCCGACCACUCCCUUGUCGGCCACCGAUAGAGUCAGUGCUCUGACCGGCGACGCAGACGCAGGCAUUGCCAGCGGAGGUGUCGGUCAGCGUUCGCGUCGGACAACAAUACCCGAGCGGCCGAACCAAAGCCUCAACUUAUGGUCAUUCAUGAAGAACUGUAUCGGAAAGGAGUUGACCAAAGUUCCGAUGCCCGUCAACUUCAACGAACCCCUCUCUAUGCUCCAGAGGCUCACUGAAGACUACGAGUACGCGGAUAUCCUACACAAGGCUUCCAAAGUGAAAGACAGUUGCGAACAGUUAGCAUACAUCGCCGCCUUCAGUGUCACCUCCUAUGCCACCACUAGUAACCGAACCGGAAAGCCAUUUAAUCCGCUCUUAGGCGAGACCUAUGAGUGCGAUCGGAGUCAAGAUCUCGGAUGGAAGUGCUUCUCAGAGCAGGUCAGUCAUCAUCCCCCGGCUUUGGCCUCUUAUUGCGAGGGCAGGGGCUGGACGUGUUGGAGGGAGUUCUCAAUAUCGAGCAAAUUUAGGGGUAAAUACCUUCAGAUCACUCCACAAGACAUCACUCACCUUGAGUUCGAGUCGAGUGGUAAUCACUACACGUGGAAGAAAGUGACCACAACUGUACACAAUAUAAUUGUCGGCAAACUAUGGGUCGACAAUCACGGAGACCUCACUAUCACUAACCACACCACUGGCGACAAGUGUCACCUCAAGUUUAUUCCCUACAGUUAUUUCUCUAGAGAUGUUCCGCGAAAGGUGACUGGUGUUGUGGUGGACAGGGAGGGAACGCCCAAAUGGGUACUACAGGGCACGUGGGAUAACAAAGUAGAGGCGGCCAAAGUCAUCAAUAGUCACGGCUCAGCCAAAGGCAAACCCAUACUGGAAACGGCGACUCCGAAGAUACUAUGGAAGCGAUUAUACCCGUCGUGUGAAUACGAGCGCAUGUAUAACAUGACUCUACUAGCGGUGCAACUGAACGAACCGGAAUCGGGUGUCGCGCCCACCGAUAGUCGCGUGAGGCCUGACCAGAGGCUUAUGGAGGAGGGCAAGUGGGAUGAGGCGAACGCCGUGAAAGCGGCGCUCGAGGAGAAGCAGCGCACCGUUCGCCGCAAUCGCGAAGAGGAGGCCGAGAGGGCGGCGGCUGAGGGCAGACCUUAUAUGCCUUACGAACCGAUUUGGUUCAGCAAAAAGAAAGACCCGAUUACUGGUAAUCCGGUCCACAUCUACACCGGCGAGUACUGGCGCUCCAAAGAGAGGCAGGACUGGUCUAAAUGCCCUCAAAUAUUCAGCGCAGACUAAUCGACACAUUGUCUCACGAAUGAAUUGUUGAGAAAUUAUAACAACUUUUUUGUGCCUUUGCUAUCAUUUAUGGGAAGCGAAUGGACCGCUAAUUAUCAAUGAGUUGUCUCAUCGCUGCACACAAACACGACAACAAAAUAACACAAAAACUUUUAUUCAAAUAUUCAUUCAUUUUGUCGCCAAUUUUGAGAACUAAACAGAG